UGUUGGUUCACACGUGUGGUUGGCGCGAAGAAUUAGGUUUUAGAAUCUCAGAUUUUAUCUAGUUUUUAGUCUGAAAUAGCUUAUUUUUUCACRAUCAAAAUGGGUGAACUUACUCCUGCUUCAGURAAGAAGCUAAAAGUUGCAGARUUACGYUCAGAGCUGUCCAAACUUGGACUUGACACGAAGGGAAACAAGCCUGUCCUUGUGCARCGUCUUCUCGAAGCGAUUUCUGAUGCAAAGGAAGACAAUAUCGAGACGAACGAAGAUAGUGCUGGUGCUACUACAACGGAAGAAGAAAGUCAAGAUGAAAGUGCACAAGAAAGUGAACCCUUAAAAGAAGAAGARAAUGAGAAACCAGAAGAGGAAUCUACUCCUGUGGCCAGCACUGUGGCAGAGGAGACAGUVGAAGAACCGAAAGUUGUCGAACAGAGCACCGUAGAGCCAAAAGUCCAACAAGAACCUACGAAAGAAGAAACUAUGCCUGUGAAUGAUACAGAAAUGGCUAGUGAGGAGYCUAAACCAACUUCCGAGGAAACUAAAAAUGAAGUUCCAGAGACUGAUGCGAAAGAAACACAGGAAACAUCGAAGGAAGAACCAAUGGAUCAAACACCAGCCGUCCAAACAACAACAGAGACAACAACAUCACCAGUUAAAGAUGAAGAUAAGCCAAAGGAAGUCGUGGACCAUGACACAUCAGUUGACUUUAGCAAAGUUGAAGAAGAGCCUGAAGUUGAACUUGAUGAUUCACUAGUUGUUUUAGAUAAGUACACCAGUGAUUUGUUCAUUAAAGUCAGCCCAGAAGCUUUAAGUUGUGGCACACUAAAAGAAGAGUGUUUCUUGUACAUGGCUGGUGGUGUCAGAGCAACAUGGGGUGUUAAAAGUGGCAAGGUUUGCUUUGAAGUCAAAGUUACUGAACUGCACGAAGUUCAACUCCCUGAUUCAGAGGAACCGAAGAAUUCAAUAAGAGUUGGCUGGUCUGUUGAGGCAGCAAACCUUCAACUAGGAGAAGACAGUCAUUCUUAUGGCUAUGAUAAUUCAGGAAAAAAGUGUCACAAUUCUGAGUUCACUGACUUUGGAGAGACAUUUGGAAAAGAUGAUGUCAUCACAUGCUAUCUGGACCUKGAGAGUGAAGUCAAAAAGAUGUCAUUCAGUAAAAAUGGUGAAGAUGUUGGAGAAGCUUUUGAAUUAUCAGAAGAUGUAAAAGACACAGUAUUCUUUCCUCACGUCUCAAUCAARAAUGCUGACUGUAGUUUGAACUUUGGCUCCCAGGAUGAAGCCUGGUUUGCUCCUAAAGAAGGCUUUGCAUUCAUUCAAAAUGUAUCUGAUGAAUUGAAAGUCCAUGGUGUUAGAGGUCCAGCUAACAAGAGUGACUGUGAGGUUUUAAUGAUGAUAGGAUUACCAGCUUCUGGCAAAACAACUUGGGUUAAAAAGUACAUCGAAGAAAAYCCUGACAAGCAUUUCAAUGUACUUGGUACCAAUGAAGUCCUGGACAAAAUGAAGCUGAUGGGAGUUGCCAGGAAGCAGGAAACYAGCGGCUACAAUAAACACAUGGACAAAGCUGCUAAAUGCUUGCACAGACUSUUUGAAAUAGCACCCUCAAAGAAAAGAAACUACAUUCUGGAUCAGACAAAUGUCUAUACGUCAGCACAGUCCAAGAAGAUGCGUCCAUUUGAAGGAUACCAGAAGAAAGCAAUAGUAUGCAUCCCAUCCCAGAGUACUUUGAAGGAAAGAAUGGAUGAACGAAAGAAUGAAGGAACUGAACUUCCUUAUAAUGCUAUUUGUGAUAUGAAAAGGAAUUUCAGCUUGCCAAAGGCUGGAGAUCUCUUUAAUGAAGUAACAUACGUUGACCAAGAUGAAGAGAACUCAAAGACGAUUGUAGCUGAAUACAUUAAAGAGGUUGGRCCUCCACGAUCAAGAUACUCUAGUGGUGGUUACGAGCCUGACCRUAAACGACCUCGCUAUGAUGACAGAUCUCGACAUAGAGGCUAUGGUGGAAGUGGUGGGUGGUCUGGUGGUUCAAACAGAGACCACCGUCGCUAUGACGACAGGAGAGGUGGAUAUCGCAACCCGCAGUAUAACAGACGAGGCAAUUCCCCUCAUUAUGGGUCCAACCGAGGAGGCUACAGAGACAACUAUCGAGGAGGUAGAGGAGGCUAUCAAGGAGGAGGAUACCACGACAGGAAUCGUCAGGGAGGCGGUAACCGUAGUUAUGGUGGCGGGAAGAGCUAUAGCAGUGGCGGUAGCUAUGGCGGUAGCAGUGGAAAUCAACAUCGACAGCAGUAUAACUACAACAGUGGGAACCAACAGUCUUCAAGUUAUAGUCCACAACAAAGCUCAUACGGUAACUACCAGUACUAUCAACAACAAGGUUAUCAGCAGUAUGGYCAACAACAACAACAACAGCAGAGCCAGCAGUCUACAGCACAGGGAUACCAACAAUACCCCGCUUAUUACCAACAGGGAACGUAUCAACAGGGAGGCUAUGGUUAUGGCUACUAGAACCUUUUCUCUGUGUGUAUUUUAACUGUAAAUAGCUGGUUUUAUAAACAAAUCGUAUUCAAAACAGACGUCAUUUUUCACCGCGGGUUACGUGGCGAAUUCAUACUACUUUGAGUAAGGUUGUUGAUCUUCGUGAUUUGAUAUGACUUUGCUGUGGAAAACAGAAAAAUGUGAAGACAGAAGCGUCUUUUUCGUUGAAAUGAGAUAUUACACGCCAUGACUGUUAUGGUUAUAGUCAGUCAAGACUCUCAUUUCGCUGCAAUUCCUCAAGCCGAUGUAAAGAAGAGGCCAGAGGACUGGAACUAGUUUAUAGAUAAAGUCAGCAACAACCUGUUGCAGGAAUGGAGUGAUUUUCUUCGGACUAUAAAAGAGCAACCAAACUUAUACAUGUUAUAUAGUAGACUAUGUUUCCACGGCUUUUGUUGGAAACUAGGGUUAAGUCAUUGAAUCCGUGAAAAUUUAACAUCAAUUAGAMAAGAAAGUAAAUGGUGGAAUAAGAAUAUCUAUUUCACGUUUUUUUACCUCUCUAGAGUUAAGUCAAAAAAUCUGAAAUAGAUAUUACACUUUAAUACACUUUAAUUCCAUUGUUUUCUUUGUGUCUAUUUGACUUUCACACUUUAAUAGUCGAGAUUCAUUUCACGGAUUUAAUGAAACUAUUGGUCACUAACUACCAGUUUAUAUUUCACAGUUUGAUGAGAAUCACUCCACUGUUAACCUUAUUUUUUUUAGUUCACUCUUGAAUUUUGAAUUUGACAAGAAGAAGAUGUUUUUGGCAUUGCAUGAUUCUUGGUCAACUACUUUUGAUAAUCUAUUUUAUAUGAAUCCUCGUUUGUUGGUGACAUCGAUAUAAGAUUAAUUCAUUGUAUACUAAUAUUUGACAGCCUUUCAGUGUGUUCGCAUGUAGUGCAUUUUAGAAUCGAGUUCAAUCAGUAGAGAAAUUUAGUGUAGUAAAUAGUAGUGCUAUUUUGUAAUUUUCAUGUCUCUUCAUGUUUUGCUAAAUACAUCGUCAUCUAGGAUUCUAGCGUCCAAUAAAACUCUUGUUUUGUSUAUCUGCACAGAGAGCUACUCUCUGACGUCACAUGCAAGAGUCUAGUUUACRCUUUA